AUGUCCGUCGACAAUGAGCUCAAGGGGCGAGUAGCGUUGAUCACUGGUGCCUCUGGAGGCAUCGGUUCAGCGUGUGCCCGAGACCUCUAUCGACAAGGCUGCCAUCUGGCCUUGACAUACUCCAAGAACAAGGCGAGCGUUGACACUCUACUUGCGGAGCUCCAAGCGUCCUCAUCAGAUCCAAGAAUCUCCACGCAUCAGGUGGACAUGGCGUCUGCAGAGCAGAUGGAGAAUCUUUAUGCAGAGAUCGAGACAGAGCACGGUCAUGGCCCUGAUAUUUUGGUGGCCAAUGCCGGAUAUGGGAAAAGAAUACCACAAAUUGGGGAUAUCACAUAUGAAGAGUUUGACUACACCAUCCAAAUCAACCUGCGAGCACCAUUUAUCCUUGCUAAGCUGGCUGUGCCGCAUAUGGCGGCGCAGAAAUGGGGACGCAUCAUUAUGAUCUCGUCCAUCAGCGGGUACGGCGGUGGCAUCAAUGGGUGCCACUACGCCAGUUCCAAAGCAGGCCUGAUGGGCAUGGUAAAGAAUCUAGCACUUAAGCUUGGUCAGGAUGGCAUUACUGUCAACGACGUGGCACCUGCAAUGAUCGGCGAGACUGGCAUGAUUCCCAAUGCUGAAUUCCUCCAAGGAACUCCUGGAGAUGUUCGGAACAUCCCCGUGGGCAGGUUGGGCACUCCGCAAGAAUGCGCCAACGUGGUGACAAUGUUGUGCAAAACUGGAUACUUGACUGGACAGAGUAUCAUUCUGUCGGGAGGACUGAAAUAG